ACAGCCUCCUCUUCCCACCCUUCUGCCUACCUCUGGGCGGGACUGGCGGGUGAUGAGAUACUCGGUUCGCGACGGUGGAAGGGGAGACGGCGAUAACUGUAAUCACGUCCACGACCGCGAUCAUGGCCGAGAAUCACGCUCAGAAUAAAGCCAGGCUCAUCUCUGAGACCCGACGGAGGUUCGAAGCUGAGUAUGUGGCAGAUAAGUCAGAUAAAUAUGAUCCACGUGAUAUCGAAAGACUACAACAAGAUGAUAACUGGGUUGAAAAUUACUUAUCUUGGAGACAUAAUGUUGUAGAUGAAACACUGAAAAUGCUUGAUGAGAGUUUUCAGUGGAGGAAAGAAUUUUCUGUCAAUGACCUCAAUGAAUCUUCCAUUCCCAGGUGGUUAUUGGAAAUGGGUGUUAUUUAUCUCCAUGGUUAUGACAAAGAAGGUAACAAAUUGUUUUGGAUCAGGGUGAAGUAUCAUAUAAAAGACCAGAAGACUCUGUUGGACAAAAAGAAGCUCAUAGCAUUCUGGUUGGAACGUUAUGCUAAGAGAGAAAAUGGGAAACCUGUAACAGUGAUGUUUGACUUGUCAGAAACUGGAAUAAAUAGCAUCGACAUGGACUUCGUACGCUUUAUCAUCAACUGCUUUAAGGUUUAUUACCCUAAAUACCUCUCAAAAAUAGUGAUCUUUGAUAUGCCUUGGUUGAUGAAUGCUGCUUUCAAAAUUGUGAAGACCUGGCUUGGUCCAGAAGCAGUGAGUUUGUUGAAGUUUACAGGCAAAAAUGAAGUCCAGGACUAUGUCAGUGUAGAAUAUUUGCCUCCCCACAUGGGUGGAACUGAUCCUUUCAAGUACAGCUAUCCACCACUAGUAGAUGAUGACUUCCAGACACCAUUGUGUGAAAAUGGGCCUAUUACCAGUGAGGAUGAAACUUCAAGUAAAGAAGACAUAGAAAGUGAUGGCAAAGAAACCUUAGAAACAAUUUCCAAUGAAGAACAAACAGCUCCUCUAAAAAAGAUUAACCCAACUGAAUCUACUUCCAAAGCAGAAGAAAAUGAAAAAGUUGAUUCAAAAACAAAAGCUUUUAAGAAACCAGUGAGUGUGUUUAAAGGGCCCUUAUUACACAUCAGUCCUGCGGAAGAACUGUAUUUUGGAAGUACGGAAUCUGGAGAGAAGAAAACUUUAAUAGUGCUGACAAAUGUAACUAAAAAUAUAGUGGCAUUUAAGGUGAGAACAACUGCUCCAGAAAAAUACAGAGUCAAGCCAAGCAACAGUAGCUGUGACCCGGGUGCAUCAGUCGAUAUAGUUGUGUCUCCCCAUGGGGGUUUAACAGUCUCUGCCCAAGACCGUUUUCUGAUAAUGGCUGCAGAAAUGGAACAGUCAUCUGGCACAGGCCAAGCAGAAUUGACUCAAUUUUGGAAAGAAGUUCCCAGAAACAAAGUGAUGGAGCAUAGGUUAAGAUGCCAUACUGUUGAAAGCAGUAAACCAAACACUCUUACUUUAAAAGAUAAUGCUUUUAACAUACCAGAUAAAACCAGUGAAGAUAUAUGUCUACAAUUUGCCACCUCCAGAUGUGAAACAGACUGCAGUCCACCCUAAGUACUGUGCACAAUAUCUCCCUGUGUGUGUGCACAGUGGCCUCCCCUUACAUGGUAGAUUUUUGGCCUACUAUAAUCUAAUCUCAAAGUAUCUGUGUAUGUUUUUUUGUUCCUCAGCAAAUAAAUGAGGAAAUAAUUACAACCAAGAUUGGACCUGUACUGUCCUAACGGUGUCCCUUUAAUGUUUCUUAAGAAAAUUGUGUUGACCCACUAAAAUCUCCUUGCUCAAUGUCUGGUCAGUUGAAUUUAAUAACAUAUCUUGUUAGUGUUUGUGUGUCUAUUAAAUGUGACUAAGCAGAAUGACUGAAAAUUAACUAUAAAAUCAAAGGCUUCAAAACUUUUGUACUUGUCUUGAUUAAUCAUAUAUAUUUACACUUGAUUUUAUUCUGUCUUCAUUUGGUUUUACUUAAUCACAACUGCAUGAUUAUUUUUGGUACUCUAAUUAAUAAUUUUAUUUUGAAUUAUGUCAUUACUUGUUCAUGACCAAAUUACCAAGGACCAACAUUUAGAUUUAGAUUUUUGUUUUCACUUGGGAAUGGAAAUUAAUAGAUUUUCCAUGAAAGCAUUAAUGAAAUAUUAGCUUGAUCUGCAGGUAGCCUAAAAAUACAAUUGCUGGUAAACCUGGCCUCAAAUUUCAUAGUACCGUAACUGUUUUUAUAUCUUGCCACUAAUUUUGACUGGAUUUAAUAGCACUUUAUUGUACAAUUACAAAAAAUAUAUUCCUAGAAUUGUUGCCAGUGUAAUUUCUCUAAUGUUCUGGUGCUUUUCAUAUAUUUUCAGUAUUUUUAUUACUAUAUUGGUAUUUUCUUUGUAUAAAUUGAUCAAAAGAACAUGUUUUCUAUUUUAAUAUGUUUUAGAAAAAUAAUUACAUUUAUGAAAUAAAUAUCAUCAGGAAAAAA